UGAUACGGGGCGAUCUUCUGGCAGUUCAAUUGCUGACAUGCUUUGAAUAGCUUUAAUUAUAAAAUGCACAAUAAUACCGGAAAUGCUCGUCAGAAUCAAUAUGUUUUCCUAUUUAAGAAACAUUUAUUUGUUGACAAUUAUAUGAAUAUGGAUGAUAUAGUUGAAAAGGAACUUUUAUAUCAUCAAGUUUUACAUAAUUUGCGUAGUGAAAGGUAUCCAAUAACUGAAAUGGAAGCAAUUAUGUUAACUGCUCUACAAGGCCAAUUAGAGCUUGGCGACUGUAGUGAAAUCCUAAAUGAUUACAGGGCGGUAGCAAGCCAUUGCUUACCACCCAGAUUUGUACCAAAUAUUCCACAUGAUGCUGUGGCUAUGCAUCAUCAGAGUCUUAAAGGGAUGUUACCAGCUGAAGCGAAGAAAGCCUUUCUCAAUUUAAUACAUAGUUGGCCUCUUCAUCGUGCUACUAUUUUUGAUGUUAUGCAAAGUUUUACUUCAAACUGGCCCCGGCUGCUGUGGUUAGCAAUCGAUCAAAAAGGUAUUCAUCUACUAGAGCAUCGUUCAAGAAAUAUUUUGUGUACUCACGACUACGAAUCCAUAAUAUCAUUUUCGCCCAAUUUAAAUUCCUUAAUGAUUUUCACUGGAACGGAAAAGAAACAAUCGAAAGUGAUAUUAAGUACUUCUCAGUUAAUAUUCCGCAGAUGGCUCCAGUGGGGAAAAGAGCAGAAGGCCAAGGAACUCGACUUUAUCAGAGCAGAGGAGGAAUUGCUGCGAAACUUCCAGCGCAACAAGCAGAACGUGCAACGCUCGCCUCCAGCGAACAUGGCAGACAAGCACCCGGUGUCGGCACCCCCAAAAGUGCAGGGACCCAUGUUUGUUUUCGGCGAGACUAAGGAGGAAACAGCUACUCCAAAAAGAAGCUGGAAUGCUCUGAGCCCUAAAAUGAACUAG